GAAGAAGCAUUGAAUUUCUUGCACUAAUACGUUUUGGUCGUGUGCAGUUGUGUUGAGUUUGGGGAUUUUGGCAAAUAUUUUAAAGUAAAUUUGAUUCGAAAACUAUUAAAAUAAAAUGUUGCGUACACUUGCACGUAUUAGCGAAUUGCCAGUUUUAUCAAGACAAUUGCAAAGAGUACGUAAACCAAUUAACGUUAGAAAUGUGGUGCUCCAAAAUCACAGAGUGAAUUUACAAAGGAAUAAUUCAUCAUUUUUCGGUUUAUUCCAGAAUGCAGCACAAGCUGGUGUCCAAAAGACAAACAACUAUGCUACCGAAGCAACCGUACAAGUGAACCGGCCUUUCAAACUGCACAGACUCGAUCAAGGACCUGAAACCAGCGUUACAAUAACCAAGGAUGAAGCACUUAAAUAUUAUGAACAAAUGGUGAUGAUACGUCGAAUUGAAACUGCUGCUGGUAAUUUAUAUAAAGAAAAAAUUAUACGUGGUUUCUGUCACUUAUAUUCCGGUCAAGAAGCUUGUGCUGUGGGUAUGAAAGCGGCUAUGCGCGAUGUUGAUAAUAUCAUAUCAGCGUAUCGAGUCCAUGGCUGGACUUACUUGAUGGGUAUCUCACCAUUGGGAGUCUUAGCUGAGCUGACAGGUCGUGUUAAUGGUUGUUCGCUUGGUAAAGGCGGCUCUAUGCAUAUGUAUGCACCUAAUUUCUAUGGUGGUAAUGGUAUUGUAGGUGCACAGGUUCCUUUGGGUACUGGUGUUGCACUUGCUUGUCAAUACAAGGGAAAUGGUGGCAUGUGUUUGAGUUUGUACGGUGAUGGCGCUGCUAAUCAGGGUCAAGUUUUUGAAGCUUAUAAUAUGGCUUCUCUAUGGAAACUGCCUUGCAUUUUUGUUUGCGAAAACAAUAAUUAUGGUAUGGGUACAAGUUCUGAGCGAGCUUCAAUGAACACGGACUAUUAUACACGAGGUGAUGUGAUACCUGGUAUUUGGGUCGAUGGUAUGGACGUAUUAGCAGUAAGAAGCGCAACUGAAUUUGCCAUUGAUUAUGUCAAUAAACAUGGACCACUUGUAAUGGAAACAAAUACGUAUCGCUAUUCUGGUCAUUCUAUGUCUGAUCCGGGUACAAGUUAUCGUACACGUGAAGAAAUUCAAGAAGUACGCCAAAAACGUGAUCCAAUAACAUCCUUUAAAGAAUUGUGCAUUGAAUUAGGUCUACUAAAUACUGAUGAAAUUAAGGCUAUUGAUACAAAAGUACGUCAAGAAGUCGAAGAAGCUAAUUCCAUUGCUAGAGGUGAUAAAGAACUGCCAGUAAGCGGUUUGUGGACCGAUGUUUAUUCACAGAAUUUGGAACCUAAAAUUCGUGGCACUACUAGCUAUAAUAUAGAUCAUAUUCAUCAAAACAAAGGCAUCAAUAAUUAAAGACUUAUGCAGCGAUACGAAUCUAGUUGAAAUUUCGAGUUUGAACGUUUUCAAAUCUGUUCCGUUCAUCAUUGUUUGAUUAUAUUAAAGUUAAUUGAAUUGCUUUUUUAUUCAAAAAUGACGGGCAUGCAAAUUAGAAUCCAAUCCACACGCUUCAAACUAAAUUCUCAUUAAAUUAAAUACGUAAAUUAAAAUAUUUUAUGUGAGUUAUACACUUUUGUUUAUAAACUCAUAUGAAAUUAUGUACAAUACUUAUACUAAUUGGCAAAUGAUUUUUAUAUGAAUAGUUAAAUUUGUUAUAAAAAUUUUAAUUUUGUUUUUCUAAAUUAUUUCUUGUUUUAUAUUUAUUUAUAUUGUACAUGAUUAAUGCAAAAUAUUUGCAAAAAUAAAAUAGUAAUGCAAAUCGAAAUUCUUAGAGAAAUAUUAAAAUAAAAAUUCGU